AAGGCGACGUGCUCAUGUUGCACACAAGCAAGCUUAUUUGAACCCCACAAGCACAGCAGUGGUAGCCUCCAUUUCUUCUGUCCAGAAUUACAGCCCGGAAAAUUGGCUGUCAUUAUGAAUAAUGACAAAGUGUUUUUACGCCCGUACAGAGUUCAUUCCCCUCAAUUGUUGGGGGUUUUUUGGCCGUCAAGUCGCAGCUGGUGACCCCCGUACGGUUUUCAUGAGAAAAGAGGCAGUUUGCCAUCGCCUCCCUCUGUCGUCGCGACUCGCCACCCUGCACCUUGGUGGUCUCCCGUGAAAAUAAUAACCAGAACCGAGUUUGCAUCGCUUCCGAGAUCGGGCGAUCCUGCGCUGCACAAAUCUGGAAAUAGAGGAAUAAGGAUUCUGUGACAUGGCCGGGCUGAUCAACUUCGAGAAUGAAGAGGAAGUGAAGGGCUAUUUGGAAAAUCUGGGAGUAGAAUUCAGUUUUCAGUGCUAUAAGGAGAAGGAUCCUGACGGUUGUUAUCGCCUGGCUGAUUACCUAGAGGGGGUGAAGAAAAAUUUUGAAGCAGCUGCCAAAGUAUUGAAGGAGAAUUGUGAAAACAGUGAGCACAGUGAGAGCUGCUACAAACUUGGAGCAUAUUAUAUAACUGGAAAAGGUGGUCUCCCAGCUGAUCUGAAAACUGCCUUGAACUGCUUCUUGAAGUCUUGUGAGAAAGGUGGCAAAAAAUCCAUUGAGGCUUGUCACAACGUUGGACUACUGGCACAUGAUGGGCAAGGAAAUGAUGAUGGGAAGCCUAAUGCCUCUGUGGCCAGAGACUAUUACAGCAAAGCUUGUGAUGGUGGUUUUGCCCCCAGUUGCUUUAACCUCAGUGCUAUGUACCUUCAGGGAGCUUCUGGGGUAUCAAAGGACAUGAGUCGAGCUUUGGAAUAUUCUCUGAAAGCAUGUGACUUACAACAUGUAUGGGCUUGUGCCAAUGCUAGCCGAAUGUACAAACUGGGGGAUGGUGUGGAGAAGAAUGACACUAAGGCCGAGGCCCUAAAGAACAGGGCAAUGAGACUGCACAAGGAACAACAGGAGGGUUCAAGGUCUUUAACAUUUGGGGAAUAAGUCUUGGCAAGUGAAGUACAGUUUCUCAAGACACUUGUUAAAUGGUGCCCAAACUUAGGCUGUGGAUCAGUUCUAUGAUACACUCAAAAAUCCAUUUGUUUGAAUAACUUUUGUCUGCUCAAAUUGCUUAUUUAUAAAAACUUUUUUUUAACGAAUUGCUAAUUUGUAAAUGACAUCUAAAUUCUGAAAACUUUCUAGGACAACUCUGUUCACAACUCUGCCUGUUCUCUUUAUUUCUUAGCCCAGGAACUGCCUUCCAAAAUACAUGGAUCCAUUUCCUAUAUCUCAUCAGUCUAUCUUAGUUGUUAAUCUUUUAAACAUCCCUUUAUAGUUUACCUUCCUGACUGAAACUGAGCCUGCUGCAGAUAUCUAAAUAAAUGCAUAUUCUUACCCUGA